AUGGUUUCCCUGCCAACCGUGACAAUUUGGACCCUGACCUACUCCCAUAUUGGAAGGAACGUGACAAUUUUUCCUUCUACCCUUCGCCGAGAAGUGUUGGCUCGCCUACACGACAGUCACCGUGGCAUGGAGGCCACAAAACGUCGUGCCCGACAGACUGUAUGGUGGCCUGGUAUCAAUUCAGAUAUAACAAAUGCAGUCAGAUCAUGUGAGCCUUGCCAAGUACUUCUGCCAAGUCAGCAACAAGAGCCCAUGCUGACAGAAGAAGCACCCACCAAACCCUUUGAGUCUGUGUCAGCUGACUUUUUCAGUGCAGCGGGGAAGUCUUUCCUUGUUUACGUUGACCGACUCUCAGGAUGGCCUGUGAUAGCAUGCUGUGGCACUGACACUACAGCUGCCGCCACUAUAAGUUUCUUCAGAAGAUUCUUCCGCGACCUUGGUGUCCCUCUUCGGCUGCGCACUGAUGGUGGACCUCAGUUUUCGAGCCGAGAUUUUAAUGACUUUCUGUGUCGAUGGGGUGUUCGCCAUGAUACAUCCUCUCCCCAUUAUCCACAAAGUAAUGGUCAUGCAGAAGCUGCAGUGAAGGCUUUGAAACACCUAGUUUUGAAGGUCGCCCCUUCUGGUAUCCUGAAUGAAGCUUUCGACCGUGGAUUGUUGGAACUCCGUAACACACCACGUCAGGAUGGCCGUUCCCCUGCGCAAGUUUUGUUUGGCCACCCUCUACGUUCCCGUGUUCCAGCCCACAGCUCAUCUUUUGCUCCAGAAUGGCAAGCAAAGACAGAAGAGUGUGAUCGCCGUGCAGCUAUGAGGACACAAGCUGCUAAGGCAUUAUACGACUCGCACGCCAGACCAUUACAGCCACUGCAGAUUGGAUCGCAAGUCCGGAUACAAGAUCCUGUCUCCAGACGAUGGAAUAAAGUAGCUGUAGUCAUGGGAAUUGGUCGGAGCCGCGACUACCUUCUCCGGACGACUUCAGGACGAGUACUUUGGAGAAAUCGUCGAUUCCUUCGAGUUGUGCCCAUUCCAUCUCACGCACCUGUGGAGGACAAGCGUGACGACGCCCCCGACCGCCCAGCCCAAGAUUCUCCUUGCCCACGUAGACGUCGUCAACCCAGAAGUUAUGGCGCCAGACGACGUUCUCAACGUAUUGCUUCCCGUUCAUAGGCUUAUGAACGUGAGGAGGGGGGAGAUGUGUGUAUAUGUGUAACAUAUUAGUGAACAAACUGUGUAUGGACCAAUGAUAUGGCAACACUGUUAUUAUUGUAGACAGAAGUCAGUCGCACUGUCACCACGGAACGGGACGGAUGUACGUCACUUCCGAGCCUCGUGUAUCUAGUCUCUACUGUCAAUAUAUCACCAAAGGAUUUACGCGAGUUUAUCUAUCCACAUCUGGUAAGACAUUCUGUGGACAUCCCACACCCACAUGGCGCAGUGAGUUUCAGUGAAAAGACAGUAAAGAGAGGAACCGGCAGUGUGACUCAGCCAUGCAGCGUCCUCGUGUUCAGUGACUACCCUCAUGUUGUGAAGUGUCUGAGUGACUUGU